CUGUCAAACUAAGUCAGUCACCAUGUUACUCGACGAGAACCCCUCAACUGUAAGUCCCUCGCAAACACUGUUAGGAUCACGCUAACAACGCAGCUCAUCCACCACACAAUCGGCAACUUCAACAUCCAACCGGACAAACAAGCCGUCUCCCGCAUCAAUGAUUCCCUCGCAACCCUCCAGCAAUCCCGCGACCUGCGCAUGCGCGAAGCUGAAUCCUCCCUCCGGAAACUAUCGCGCCACCUCCAAGCCCUGAAUACCCAGCAUGACGAAGCCGUCUCCGCACACGACGCGAGCAAACACGCCGCCGCGAUGGUCGAGCUAGACACGAAGAAAUUCCGCAUCGCCAAGGCCGCGUCGGAACUAGAAAUUGAGAGUGAACGACUCGAAGGCGAGCUGGAUAUGCUAAAAGAGCGAUUGGCCGAUUUAGAAGCGCAGGGCGUUGAGGGCGACGAACAAACAAGGCGGGAAAGGGAGGCCGACGAUGCUAUUCUGCUGCGAUUGAAAAUCUACAGGGCUCUGGGUAUUGAUAUCGAGGCGGAUGAGGCGGGCAAUUUCACCAAGGCUGUUAUUCGCAACAGUCGUAAGGGCGAUGUGCAUGUUGUCAACUUGGACCCGAAAUUCUCGCGCUUCUUUUACUCCAAUUACUUUUGGUCGACGCUGCAGGGUUAGCAUGACUUGGUCUGUUGAUUUGAUGUUGUUUUUGGCGCAAUACGGUUAGGAUAGAUACCCAUGCAUUUUCAAUAUACUGCAAAAUAUCAUGUUUGAUCUCUUGAGAAGAA